CAUGUUAUCCUAGAACAUCCUGCCGAGGAGAAUAGGUCAUCAUCAAGGGGCAUAAAAGGAAUUACCGGAACAAAACGAUCUACUAAAGCCUGAACCCGAGGGGCAUCAACUCCCACUCUUUCUGCGCCCCUUCGCUCCGCCUCCUUCCUCUCCAAGAAAAAGGAAGCGCGGCGAGCAACAACCUCCGCCGCCGCGCACCUACGCCCACGGAACGGACCACGCCGUCAUAUGAGUGCAGAACCCCGGGCUCUUCCUCCCCCUCGGCGAGCUCGGUAGGAGGAGACUAGAGCGGCAGCAACAUCGACGGUGUCGUUGAGGAGGGGGCGAUGAUGCUCCCGCUGGUGAAGCUCGGCUCGCUCGCGUUCCGGACGCUGAGCAAGCCCAUCGCGGCCCGCCUCAAGUACAACGCCGGCAUCCACCCCAAGUUCCGCGGUCUCAUCAUCGGACUCGCGCAGGCAAACCAUCGUUUCACUACAAAUAUGCAGAGGCGAGUGUAUGGACGUGCGACUGACAUUCACAUUCGGCCCCUGAAUGAGGAGAAAGCUAUUCAAGCUGCCGCAGAUCUUCUUGGCGAACUAUUUGUUUUCUCGGUUGCUGGUGCUGCAAUUAUCUAUGAGGUGCAAAGAAGUGCUAGGUCAGAAGCCAGAAAAGAGGAAGUCCGUAGUCAGGAAAUUGAGGCGAUAAAGAAAAGGGAUGAACAACUGGCCCUGGAAGUACAGCUCAUGAAACAGAAGAUUAGCGAGAUGGAGCGGCAGUACUCGAAGUGGACUCUUCCGGGGUUUCGCGGCCUCGGCACUGCUCAGGCGGCGGCACAGCCUACUGGUACUCAGCAGCCAACAGCUGCGUAGCUGCUCUACUUCUGCAACUGUCGAUAGCUCCGCGGUCUGAACGGCCGACUGCAGACUACCUCUGUUUCCCUUGCAUUACUCAGUUACAUUUGAUUCGACUGAAGUUUACUGGCGAAAGGGUGAAGGUUACGUUGUGGAUAAUGAAUAGUGCUCGAGAGGAAUUUGAACUGAAUCGAAGUUGUUAUCGGUUCGUCAGAUUGGCGGCGUGACAUUCAGUUUAGAGUUUUUACAUGCCCAAGUUGGAACUGAGAUGAUGUAUGCUAUCUGCAUCUCGUGCCCGGCAUAUGCUUUGCUCUGCUUUACUGACUUCCCUUUUACUCCAUUUGUAAAGGGGCAUAUUAGGAUUCAAAAAAGUGAAACAUUCUAAAUUUCUGUCAUUAAUUAGUCAAAAUGUGUGUGUAUAGUGCGCAAGAGAUGCAUCAAUAAAUCUGUAUUUCAGGUCU